UUCUGAGUCAGAUUAUGACGGCUAUCGGCGGAGGAGGCUAGCCGAGCUGCGCUGCAUAGAUGCUCGCACUGCUGGACGAAACUACAACGGUAAAGAGCAGAAAAAGGCUGAUAUCCAAUGAUGGAUGGGUUUGCAGGGGACAUGCUGAGCCGGGCUGAGGACAGCUCUGUGAUGGCUCGCAUGCAGAAGAAGUUCUGGAAGACCAAGCAGGUCCUCAUCAAAGCCACGGGCAAGAAGGAGGAUGAGUACGUUGUGGCCUCUGACGCUGACCUGGAUGCCAAGCUGGAGUUCUUCCGCUCGGUCCAGGUAACGUGCACAGAGCUGCUGAAGGUGAUCGAGAAGUACCAGCACAGGAUCACACGCUUGUCUCAGGAGGAGAACGAGCUCGGCCUGUUCCUGCGCUUCCAGGCCGAACACGAUCGCACAAAAGCCGGCAACAUGAUGGACGCCACCAGCAAGGCCCUGUGCACCUCCGCCAAGCAGAGGAUGGCACUUUGCCCGCCACUGCACCGUUUGCACCAGGAAGUGGAGACGUUCAGGCGCCGCGCCAUCGCUGACACGCUGCUGACAGUCAGUCGUAUGGAGAAGGCCCGCACAGAGUACAGAGGAGCUCUGCUCUGGAUGAAAGACGUCUCCCAAGAACUGGACCCAGACACCUACAAACAGCUGGAGAAGUUCCGCAAGGUCCAAACGCAGGUGAGAGGGACAAAGAGCCAGUUUGAGAAACUAAAGAACGACGUGUGUCAGAAGGUGGACAUGCUGGGAGCGAGUCGCUGCAACAUGCUCUCCCACUCCCUCUGUACCUACCAGACCACUCUGCUGCAGUUCUGGGAGAAAACGGCCCACGCCAUGUCAGGAAUCCACGAGGCCUUCCAAGGACACGUACCGUACCAGUUCACCACACUCAAGGACCUGCGAGACCCACUGGAGGAAAUAACAGACAUACAGAAACAAGAGGAGAAGAAGGAGAAAGCUCUACAGAGCAACACAGACAGUCUGGUGUCCUUGGAUGACGACAAACCAUCAGGAAGUGCGUCUGCAGCAGAACGUACGAACAGCAGUGACGGACAGAGCCAAACCAGCGACAGUGCGCACCAAAACACCCCCACUCCUGCCCUGCAAGACCUCAGAGGACUGUCAGUGGGCUCUGACGACGACCUGAUCCUCAUGACCUGCGACCUGCCGCAGCUCCCAGCACCGACACACUUCCCUCUCCAGCCCCAGCUCCUGCCUCCUCCUCCUCAGGCUGGAGGUCCAAAUCAGCCGCCUGCCAUUGGUGGUCCACCCCACACUGCUGGAACAGGCCUGAGACCAGAAGACGAGGAUGGAGAACGAGGCGACAUGGCUUUCCUCAAAGACCUCCUCAGCCCUGGUCCGGGGGCCAGCGAGGAGUUCAGCAGAGAGUGGCAGGAUGCAUUCGGGCUGUUUGAACAUCCCAGCGUUCCUCCACAGAGCACAGGAGCAGCGAGUAGCGGAGCAGCAGCAGCAGCGGCACGUCCGCCCUCACACCCCCCCAGCCCCACAGGCUUCCUGCCCUCCCAGCUGCUGGAUCACAGUCUGAGCUCUGCAGGCUGGUCAACCCCACCCAUGUUCCAAGCUCCGCCCCUGCAGCCUCCUCCUGGUCAGAGCCAAUCAGCUCAGCCGGCUCCAAAUACAGCCGCUAAUGCUGCUCCAGGUGGAUCCAAAGACAUGUCCGCCUGGUUCAACCUGUUCGCAGACCUGGACCCCCUCUCCAAUCCCGACGCCAUUGGACGCUCUGCCGAUGAGCUGCUCAACGCCUAAAGUCCCGGCCGUGUGUGUGUGCUGCAGUGUAUGAUUUGGAUCUUGAUGUCAGCGAGUUUUCGUGACAGGUAAAAGACCACACGUAAACAGCGAAAAAACACACACACACACACACAUGCAUUUCUGUUACCAGUAGAGGUGGCCACAUACCCACACUUACAAACACACACUCACAUCUGUGCCACACUGGAAAAUGAAAACAGUGUUGGCUGUGAAAUGCUUUCCUCAGCGACUCGCAGCUGCUCUCUGCGGCUCCGUAAAUGACUGUUAAACUCCACACGUGACGCUGCUGA